AGCACUUGGAAAAGUUGCUUAUAGCGACUUAUAUAGCAACUAACUAAGGUUGUGGAGGAUGGUUCAUCAGAAGCCUCGAUCUGUGGCUCCUUGCUCCAUGAAAAGUGUGAAUUGUGCUAUAAAACAGCGUGCAAUUCAGGACAGGUCCUCUGCAUCUACAUGAGCCCUCAUGGGUGCAGAAGAAGAGUAGGAACACUUGGAGAAAUGCUUGAGAGGAGACAGAUGGAGAGAUUGCCCGCACUGCACCUGCACCUGGUAGUGGUGUCUCUGCUCGGCUUCUGCUGCCUCGUCCAUGCUUCAAGGGCAGCCAUCUCAUUCCCACCUGCGGCCCCGAGGGUGCAGCUGCAGGAGACCGACACAAUCCUAGCUUCCAGUGGAGCAGAGGGUCAGGCGGUCGUAGUGGGAGAGCCCGACCGCGGCGGUGUCAGCAGGAGGAUGGGGAUGGAGAUGGAGCUGGAGGACUACCCGGGAUCCGGAGCCAACGACCACCACUCGCCGUGGUGGCGGCAGGAAAGGAGGAACUGAGAAGAUGGAGCAGAGUUGCUUCUGUGUUCCUAGUCUUGCACGGUUGUGCAUGUUUCUCAGACUGUAAUAUCUCUACUCUUGGUGUGUGACAUACCAGAACGAAGCUUGUUACUUGCAACGGCAUUAGGAUCAUAUAUAUAUAAGCUUUGGCUUGGUAGCGUUACAUUAUUUGUGGCGCGUAAUUAAACUAGAAUUUUUUUCUUCUCUUCGGUGAAAUAUGUCGCCACAGCCAUCACCAUGUCCUCUCCUCCAUCCUCAUCCUCAUCCUCGUACAGAUGAAACGAAGGACUCUGAUGGUCUCAUGGAGGAUAAUCCGAUGAUCGUCAUGGGCAAUCAUGAGCAGAGG